UUGAGUUUCCAGUACGUACUGUAUUUGGCAUGGCUGGGUCGUACGGUACAUAUCCGUGCUUUUGGCAGUGAAGUUGAGAAAUGCGUUCACCAGGAUAUGGUUAUAGUCCCCAUUUCCUGAGCCUGUAAUUGGUGAAGGGAUGCCAUAUAUGAUUAGUGACAUUACAUGAUGAUAUGCCUUACCUAAUCAUAUUUUCAUAACUUAUCCAAAUUUUCAGUGGUACAUUAAAAAGAGCUUUGUCCAUAGCCAUUGGCAAAGGAAUGACAAAAGCACCUGGUCCUCCUGGCCCCCCCGGCCCACCAACCGGCCCGGGGGGACCCCCAGGACCAGCUGGCCCCCCGGUGCCUCGUCCCUUGACGUUACCCCCUGGGCCCACUCCAGCACCAGGACCAAUCACCACAAUUGUGCCACAGGCUGCUGGUACACCUGCAGUGGCCACAGGAACUGGCAUUACUGCACUUUUACCACCAGAAUUACCAACAUUUGUAGCACCGAGACGUCCCAACCUAGGCCGUGAAGGACGGCCCAUCACCUUACGGGCCAAUCACUUCCAGAUAUCUAUGCCCAGAGGCUACAUUCAUCACUAUGAUGUAAGCAUUCAACCCGAUAAGUGCCCUCGGAAAGUCAACAGAGAAAUUAUUGAAACGAUGGUCCAUGCCUUUCCUAGAAUAUUUGGCAGCUUAAAGCCUGUCUUCGAUGGGAGAAGUAAUUUAUAUACAAGGGAUCCAUUACCUAUUGGUAAUGAAAAAAUGGAACUGGAGGUAACUUUGCCAGGGGAGGGCCGAGACAGAGUCUUCAAAGUAGCUAUGAAGUGGUUAGCACAAGUAAAUCUUUACACUCUUGAAGAAGCUCUUGAAGGGCGUACACGUACAAUACCUUACGAUGCCAUACAGGUAACUAAUAAUAAUGCUGGUGUAUAAUUAAGCUAUUUUGUA